AUGGCAGCGCGGCACGAGCCCAAAGCUGUGGCCAAGCUCAUCUCCUUCGGGACAACUCAGGAACGGAAAACGUUCCCCUACAGCUACGCCCCAGACAGGCUGGGCAUCGAGGUGCUGGGGGUGAGGGGCAACCCCUCCCUGGGGCCAGGCUCCUACCUGGGGCCAGAGAGCAACGUCCUGCAGUCCUCCCUGAGCACCCGGCCCAUGAGCACCCUGGGCUACGUGAUGGGAGCCAGGACAGCCCCGCGCUUCCAGCAGAAGGCUCAGACCGUGACCCCCGGCCCCGCCGCCUACGGGCCCUUCCCGGCUGAGCCCCGCCCGGCCCGGCCCGGCCCGGCCCCGGCCCCGUUCUGCUCCAGCAGCCCCCGGUUCCCGAACCGCCUCCAGGACAGGGACCGCUACCCCGGGCCUGGCACCUACGACAUCCGGGAGCCUUUCACCAAGAAGGUCUCGUGGCCCUCCAGGUUUGGGGCUCCCGACUGGGCAGCGCUGCCCCAGCUGGCCCCGAGGAUGGUGAAGAUGCAGGUGCAGAAGAUGACUGUGGAUAAAAAAUUCCAGAAAAACCAGGGCAGAGAGGCGUACCUGAAGCUGUACCACGGCUGA